UGUGGUUAGCCAGAGCCUUUCCGAUACAAGAUAAUGGCCUUUUAGAGCCAUAACAUAAGGAGAACGCAAUACUGAAGAGGUAUUGCUAGUUCCACAGACCCGUGCCGUUAUUUGUCAUGAUUAAUCCCACCUAGCGAAGUGGCAGAAAUAGCAUUGAAACUUUGACAGCAGCAUAAAUAACAGUGCAUGUGAAAUGCUAUUUACGCUCUAAAAAGUCUCUGUGAUAAAUGGCAAUAAUCCCUAAUAAGGGGAAUAGAUCGUUUUGCCCAUAUCAAACAUGGCGUCUUUGUUACUGUACCCGGAAGUGAGUGAAUAGCUGAGUACGCACGUUGUCUGAUGUGUGCUCUGCUAUCUGCUAGUAUGGAGCACAGCAAUCAUUACCCGGCUCCGGUGCUUAGACCUCCGGUAUUUACAGCAGGGCCCAGCUCUGGCCCUCCACCCUCCGCUCCAUGGUUUGACUGCCCUCCACCUCACCCACAGGGACUGUGGGGUGGGGGAUGGAACCAGUGGCGGCCUCAGUACAGACAGCAGCCGUCAUACAGCGAACAGCGUGGAGGGGGACAUGGAUAUUUUAACCAUGAAAGCCGAAUGCCAUUUGGAAACUGUCAAAGUAGAACAAAACAACAUUCGAAAAAGCAAAAGAAAGAACCAGUUUACACAUACUACUGUGACACGUGUGACCGUGGGUUCAAAAAUCAAGCAAAGUAUAAUGAACACACUUCUCAACAUGUCAAGUGUGAAGAACCAGGCUGCAGUUUCAGCGCCCAUGAGAAGCUGGUACACAUUCACUGGAAAAACAUGCAUGCUCCUGGAGCUAAGAGAAUUAAACUUGAUACACCAGAUGAAAUUGCAAAAUGGAGAGAAGAAAGAAGAAAAAACUUUCCAACACUAGCAAACAUUGUCAAAAAGCAGCAACUCAAGAAAGAGAGGGAAGAACGUGGAGAAGUGUUAACAACCCCCCAGUUUGGGAAAAUGAAAGGAAUGAAGAAAGGGCAGUCCAGUCAGCCUAAUCAAGGUACCAAGAAUUGGCAGAGUCGCAAAAAACAAAGAAAUUUCAAGAAAAAUUUCAGAGAAAAUGAAAAUCUACAUCAAGAUGGCACCUCUAAUGCAGAAGCAGAAAAAACUACAGACUCUCAAGAGAAAAAUGUGGCCCAGAAGAGAAAUAACACAGUGGAUCCUCUAAAUAUGUUGGCAGGCAGUGAUCCAGAAUCUGACAAUGAUGAAACAAAGGUGAGCACAGGGUUAUCUGUAGUUCCAAAGCAGGUAACUUCUGCCCUAAGCAAACUAAUCUGCAGUUAUGGCAGCUCCUCCGACAGUGACUCUGAACCCACUGAACAACCCAUUAGAUGUGUUAAGGCGGCUUUGGAAGAAAAUAAGCAAAUUCUCCAGACGCACAAGCCAAGUGCUGCCGGCACAGUAUUAAGUGACAAACCAGGAAAGGAAUUAAAGAGCCAACACGUUUAUUCCUCAGACGCAGCUCAGCAGAGCAAAGGACCUCACAGUAAAUUUCCCCCUAAUAAAAGUCACAAGAAAUGUGAAAAGAAGCCAUUCAGAACUCCAAUUAGAUGCCAACCUACUCUUCUAGAAAUGUUACUGGCUAAUGACAUCAGACAUGAAAGGAAUGUAGUUUUGCAGUGUGUCCGGUAUAUCCUUCAGAAUGACUUCUUUGAUAAACCUGUGGACAUUAAGUGUGAGACUGGGACUGCUCAUGGAAGUGUUUCAACAAGUGAUGCUGUGGGACAGAGAGAAUGUGUCAGUAGCCAAGAAAAACCUGACUUAGAGACAUCUGCGGAUGGUGACCAGGGCGAGGAACUGGCGACAGAAAAGAAGGAAGCUCUUGUUCAGAUGGAUGAUGAGAUUUGGGAGACCUCCAAUAUCUCUGGCGAAUCAUCUAUUGUAUGACAAAUUUCUGGAAUAAAACAAACUCCGUUACAAAGACUAUUUUUUUCCACAGUUUGAAUUACAGAUUAAGCAAUCUAUAUCUAUGGAAAAUCUUUUAUUUUCCAUUACUAUUUUAUUUUCAUUUCAAGCACCAGCAAAAUGGCCAUUUUAUUUCUAGAGAUAUAUAAACAUUACUGUUCCCUUUUUUGUGAAUUAAAGGUUUAGAGUAAAAA